UCCGUUUCAGUUUCAACUCUCAACUCUUCCACACUUCCACUUGUCCUCUCGUCGUUGAAAUUUUACCAAUAUUAACCAAAAAAAUCUGCAAUUCGAGUUUUUUAGUUUUGGAACAGUAAUCAUAAGUGUCUGCGAACAAUUACGACGUCCAUGGCUGCGGCGACGGCGAUAGUGGUGUCGGCAGGACCAAAAACAAUACUCAUAACAGGAGUAAGCCGAGGUUUAGGCAGAGCCCUAGCUCUCGAAAUGGCCAAGCGAGGUCAUUGCGUCGUCGGAUGCGGCCGUUCUCAAGAUAAAAUUAAUUCUCUUCAAGCCGAGCUUCACAAUUCUCCGUCCUCAUCAUCCUCAGAAGAAUCCUCUCAUCUUCUUCUCAAUGUCGAUGUGAGGUCGAACAAUAGUGUUCAGGAACUUGCGAAAUUGCUUGUUGAGAAGAAGCGGAUUCCUGAUAUUAUAGUAAACAAUGCAGGUACCAUUAACAAAAACAAUAAUUUGUGGGAAGUUCCAGCAGAAGAGUUUGAUACUGUGAUUGAUACUAAUGUAAAGGGGGUUGCUAACAUGCUCCGUCACUUCAUCCCUGUUAUGAUAGAGAGGAAGCAUGGGAUCAUCGUCAAUAUGUCAUCUGGAUGGGGGCGAUCCGCUGCUGCUCAGGUUGCCCCUUAUUGUGCUUCAAAAUGGGCAGUUGAGGGUCUGACUAGAGCAGUUGCGAAGGAGCUGAGCAGUGGUAUGGCAAUUGUUGCUCUUAGUCCUGGAGUGAUACACACUGAGAUGCUCGAGUCGUGCUUUGGCAGUACAGCCCAUGUUUAUCCAAAGCCUGAUAAUUGGGCUCCGAGGGCAGCAACCAUGAUACUUAAUCUGACUACUGCUGACAAUGGUGCAUCUCUAACUGUGUAAAGACGAAAGAUAACAGCUAACUUAAAGAAUGUUUUUUCCGUUUGCACAUUGUUUUUUUUUGUAAUACGCUGUAGUUUGAUAGACUAUUAUGCGCGAGACUCAUGGAAUGUGUAUUAGCAAGCUAUUUUUUAUACAAGUAUUCGAAGUUGUUCGAUUA